AUACAUGAAAUGGCCAACCAAUCUUCUAUGAAAGAGUUCGUUCUGAUGGGAUUUUCUGAUGACCCAGAUUUGCAAAUGUUGCAUUCUGUGAUGUUCCUUAUGGUUUACAUAACAGCCUUAAUGGGGAAUUUUCUCAUUAUAAUAGUAGUGGCAGCUGACCACCACCUUUAUACUCCCAUGUAUUUCUUUUUGGUCAAUCUCUCCCUUUUAGAUAUUUGUUCCAUCUCCACAACAGUUCCAAAAUCCAUAGCUGUUUCAUUGACAAACAACAAAGGGAUUUCUUUCACUGGAUGUGUCACUCAGGUCUUUCUAAUGGUCACAUUUGUUGGUGGUGAACUUGCUCUGUUAACCAUCAUGGCUUAUGACCGUUAUGUAGCCAUCUGUCGUCCUCUGCAUUAUGGGCUGAUCAUGAACUGGAAUGCCUGCAUUCAAAUGGUAGCAAUCUCCUUCAUAUGCAAUCUGAUCCAUGCAGUGUUAGAAACUAGUGUGACUUUUAAAUUAAACUUUUGUGGGUCCAAUGCGAUUGUCCAAUAUUUCUGUGACAUUCCUCAAUUACAAAAGAUUUCUUGCACAGAUACAAAAGUUAGUAAAAUGGUGAUACUUGUUGGAUUCUUUUUGGAUUCUUUUAUUUUUGCAUUCAUCUUUGCUUCCUAUAUCCAUAUUUUCUCUGCAGUGUUGAAAAUGCCAACAGUUCAAAGCAGGCAUAAAGUGUUUUCCACUUGCACUCCCCACCUAACUGUUUUUUCUUUAUUUAUUAUCACUGCAGUAUUUUCCUAUAUGAGACCCAAAUCACUCUCUACUCCAUCUGUGGAUUUGCUUUCUGCUGUUUUGUACACUGCUUUGCCACCAGUUUUGAAUCCUAUUAUUUAUAGCUUUAGGAACAAGGACCUACAAAAGGCUCUCAUGAAAAUACUAGAAAAAAUAAGAAUUAAAUGA